AGAAACGAGCCAAAGGAAAAAAAGCUGAGCCUUUUCACCCCCUCCAAACCUCCAGAAAAUAGAGCAGAGUGUUUUGGAAAGUGACAAGGAAUCAGAGGCCACUCCAGGGAAGCCUACAAAAGAUCAGCAGUAUCAGUGAAGCUGUUGCCGGGUGAUACCACUGCUUAUUCCCACCCUUUACCUUGCCUCUCUUCUAAUUUAAAUCUGGCCCAAGGGAGAGCGGCAGAGAGGGUUUGUUCUGCCUUUUGCCUUGGCUUGGUCUCCCCUCCAUCGCUGCAUUACAUUCGAGGGCACUCCAUCUCUUGCGUCCCUUAACCCCUCCCCCAAUCCAACCCAAUCCCCUCCGUGCCUUAACCCCGCCCCGAAUCCAGCCUUCGAACUUUCGAAGCUUCCUCUUCCUCCCGGGGCUCUGUUCUUACUUAGGACAAGAGCACUGAGAUUGAGAUUUGAGAGUGCUCUGGACAUCUUCACCAGCUGCAUAGCCACCCUCUUUCCCGGUCGUCCCCCUGUUAUCUUCUUCCGGGUCUGAUGGGUGACCAUCUCGCGUUGCUCGUGGACCGACUGCUGACGGAGUCGACGCUGGAAGCAGCGAUCGGCGGUGCGAAGCGGAUGGUCGAUCUGCAUCCGGAGGCGGUGACCGUCGAGUACUCCCAUCGCGGCGUAGGCGGCGGCGGCGGCUCGGCGAGUAAGGUGGUGGAGUGCAGGAUUUGCCAGGAGGAAGAUUGGGACUCCAGCAUGGAGGCACCCUGCGCCUGCUGUGGCAGCCUCAAGUACGCACACCGGAAAUGCAUUCAGCGUUGGUGCAAUGAGAAAGGCGACACCAUCUGUGAAAUAUGUCUGCAGCAAUUCAGGCCAGGUUAUACUGCCCCGCAGCAGCUUUUCCACUAUGGAAGUAUACCAAUGAACUUCAGAGGGAACUGGGAGAUAGCCCGUCAAGAUCUCGAUGAUGCCCAGAUAAUAACAAUGGUGCCGACAGAGCGUGAUUUCAUGGAUAGUUACGAGGACUACCUUCCUAUUAGGACAAGAAGCGGCACUCUGUGUUGCCGGACAGUCGCCGUAAUUUUCAUGGCACUCCUAAUCCUUCGCCACACUCUUCCUCUCAUGGUCGGUGGAAAUGGGGAGUACUCAUUGGCCUUGUUCUCACUUCUGGUGCUGAGGACCGCAGGAAUCCUAUUCCCAGUUCUGGUGAUGGUCAGAGCCUUGGCAAGCUUCCAUCGUCGACGGCGGCAGCAGGAAAGACGGGAAACAUAUAUCUCAUCAUCAGAAAGCGAGGAGGAAGAGGAAGAGGAGGAAGAAGAAGACACAGUUACCAAUUCUGCACGAUCAAAUUACUCGCAACCACGCCUCAUACCAGUCUACUGACUUGACCAAGAACAUGCCUUCCAACCUCCAAUCUGACAGGAAAUUCCAGCGCAUCUGGAGCUGACAGAAGCAAGAAUGCUCACAAGAAAAAGACCAAAGAAACAAAAAAAAAUGAGUAUAUGAUGCCAUAGUAAGAUAGCCUGAAGCCACUCGCUUCUAUGCGCAUAGAGAAAAAUGCAGUGGCCCUGUUACUCCUGUACAUAUGAGAAAGUAGCAGACUAACUUGUCACUUGCGAGCUUCUACUGCAGCAAGUUCGGCCUACCCUUGUAUUGUCACUUGCGAGCUUCUACUGCAGCAAGUUCGGCCUACCCUUGUAUUCUGAAGAUAUCAUGUUGCCAAAAGUACUUGCAAAUGGAAGGAAUUAUGUUUCAGUUUCCGAAUU